AUGGCAGACCACACGAGUGAGAUUGAGACUUAUGGCAGCAACGAUGACUUCUGGAUCUUUGGAUACGGUGAAGAUCACCGGGGAACGCCCGAGGCUCCAGGACGUGUUGUCACUUUGAUCGAUAAAGCGCAUUGGGAGACUCUGACAGACACUCAUGAAUCCACCGGGCGCGUGUGGGGCGCUGCAUACCAUAUUCCCGCCUCUCAUGUAAAAGAGGUGCGCGAGUACCUCGACAUCCGCGAGAUAAAUGGGUAUUCCAUUCAGUUCACGCCAUUCCAUCCUGCUAUUAGUACAGCCGAAGUCACGUCCCCACCUCACGACUCGGAGCCGAGUGAAUCCGAAAGAGGCAUGUGGGCGGGCAUCCGAGCUACCAACUCAAUAAGCGUGACUGAGGAGGCGGGAAGUAUCAAGUGCCUGGUGUACAUUGGGUUACCAGAGAAUCCGCAAUUCUUGGGCGCGCAGGAUCCUGAUGCUUUGGCGAGAAAGAUAUUGGAAAGCAAAGGACCAAGUGGCGAGAACAAGGAGUACCUUUACAAUCUGGAGAUUGCGUUGCUUGGAUUAAGCCACAACAGUGGAGACGCCCACGUGAGCGAUUUGGUACGACGAUGCAAACAAUUGGAGCAGGAAGCUGGAGUCGGAAAGGAGGAAGGCAACAGUAGUAGUCAAGGGUUGUACAGGGUAGGAAGCACGGAGGAACAAGAGGAGGUUGAAAAGUAG